AAAAAAGGACAGCUAUCUGUGAUCAGAGAUGGCGGGCGCCUCCGACCCCCUGGAAGAUAUGCUGUUUUCAGAGGUGGAUGAAAAAGCUGUGAGCGACUUGGUGGGCUCAUUGGAGUCACAGCUUGCUGGCCAAAGCAACCCCCCAGGUAAAACUGACGAAAACGGAGGCGCUGGCUCAGUGGCCCCCGCUAACCAUCACUUAGGGAAAACGCUACCAGCUCCGGUGGGCACCACAACACUAGAACAACAACAACAAGGACGGUGUUUUAAACCUGAGAUGCGCCAGCAGAUCACCUGCAACGACGUUAGCCUGGACACAGCUGUCACCCCCCCGGCUCUGGGCUGUACCCCUUCUUUUGGCGAGCCCUCCACCGCUUCGGCUUCCUGUGUGAACGCCACCAGCGGCGGCUUGCUAUCACAUGGAGCAUCCAUCACAACACUGACUGCAUCUGCUGUGUCAACUCUGGCAUCGACGCCAGCCAGCAUCAGCACCACAUCCAGCCGGGGGGCCAAGGGGAGCCCGGGGAUAGGUGAGACGUCGACGGAAGCCAACCCACCGAGGAAACGCAUCAACACGCCGCGGAGGAGCGCGUCGGCUCGGAUUAAGAGUUUGAACGGCGCCGCUGUAACGACGAGGAGGAACACAGCGGACACCGUUAGCUCCGUGGACCCCGGUGCCACUACACCAAACUCUACCCGACCGGGGACAUCCUCUAUCAACACUUCCACUUUCACCCUCUCCAACGCUAACCUCCCUGUGGGGCAGUCGGCUAUUGCUCUGGACCGGGGGACUCCCACCAUUGCUUUGCACAGACUCCCGAGUCACAUUGUAGCGAGCAUAGCCCAGAACGGUACCAGCGUUUCGGCCUUGGUCCAGCAGGGCUCUCGCAUUGGACCCAUAACAGCAGCUUCACAGGAGAACCACAGCAACACAGUCACAGCUUCCAAAACAGACGAUUGUCAGUCCAAAAUUGUAAUGUCAAGCCAGUCUGGUGGUGUCAACUCUGUAAUAAACUCCUCUGUUGUCACACCAACGACCACAGGCACCCCCGCGGCAGCUCCAGCAGUCACCCAGCCCCCGAGCUCUGCCACGGCUCCUUGUGCUACAAUGGUGGCAGCAAGUUCUGCAUGUGGGACUGCUCAAACUACACCAGUGACCACCACUGUUAGCAUGGUCAGGCCCACAGCCCCCUCUCCAACACCUGCUGUGGUCGCCUGCGCACAGUCUCAACCCCGUCCUGGACUUGCAGCCCCUCAAAGGAUUGUAGCCCCCCAGCUGAUUGUCAGACCGCCCCAGCAGCAGACGACUAUUCAGCUGCCCCCUGGGUUUACCAUCCCACCGGGGAUGGUGUUGGUGCGCACAGAGUUGGGCCAGCUCGUCAUGGUUCCUCAGCAGGCUUUGGCUCAGGCUCAAGCUCAGGCUCAGGCUCAGGCUCAGGCUCAGGCCCAGAACAACAUCUCCCCCCGACCUGCCACCCCCACAACAGGAGCGUCCUUCAGAGUAACAACUCCUCAGUCUCCUGUGACCUCUCAGACCACCAGGCAGUGUCCCAUGACCCCGGCCAAGAUGGUACCGUCUCCCUCUCCCACUCCCUCCAGCCCUGCCCUCCAGACCUCCUCUUCUUCUUCUUCUUCUUCUUCCUCCUCCUCCUCCUCCUCCUCCUCCUCCUGUCCUGCACUCCGCCCAAAGGGCCCCGUGGCGCCGGCCGUGGCAGUGACGGCUCCGCAGCAGACCCCCAUGGUUAUGGCCCCUCAGGCCCCGGCCCAGGCUGCCUCCCAGCCAGUGCACACUCCGCAGACGGGCAUCAACGCGAAUCCCGGAGGUCCUAUCGUGUCCCAGGAAAUGCAGGAGAAUGUCAAGAAGUGUAAGAACUUCCUGGCCACACUCAUCAAGCUGGCGUCUCACAACUCUCCGUCCCCUGAGACGUCCAAGAACGUCAAGUCUCUGGUUCAAGACCUGCUGGAUGCCAAGAUUGAACCGGAGGAGUUCACCAGCCGGCUGCAGACGGAGCUCAAGUCGUCUCCGCAGCCUUACCUGGUGCCCUUCCUCAAGAAGAGCCUCCCGGCCCUGAGGCUGUCUUUGCUGAGUAGUCAGCACUCCGUGACCCAUCCCCCGGGAUUCAAACCAGCACCCUGCGGCCACCCUCCUGCCAUCGCGGCUGGGCCAGCUGUCCGCAUACGCCACCCUAACAGCGUCAGCGUCACUACGGGUGCCAGCGCGCUGCCCGCUGGGACUCUCGGACAUGCAGCUGGCAUGGGUAUGAAGACAGCAGGCGCUGUCAGUGGCCAGGUCCGGAUGCCCGUGGUGAUCACACAGUCCGUCAGAGCGCAAGGCACUUUGGGGAAGGGAGGCAUCAUCCAAGCAGGCAAAGGUCCCACGGCUGUUCAGAUCUGUGGGAACCAGAAAAACAAGCUCAACGACCCCGGAGGAGGUUCUUUCAGGGACGAUGACGACAUCAACGACGUGGCCUCCAUGGCCGGCGUGAACCUGAAUGAAGAGAGCGCGAGAAUACUCGCCACCAACUCUGAACUAGUGGGAACGCACAUCCGCUCGUGCAAAGACGAGGCCUUUCUCCUCCCGGGUCUGCUCCAUCGACGAAUUCUGGAAACAGCUAAGAAGUUUGGAGUCACAGAGGUCCCAAUGGAGGCGGUGACAUUCAUCUCACACGCCGCACAGUCACGACUUCGAACCGUCGUAGAAAAGGUUUCGACCAUCGCACAGCACCGAAUGGACUCCUGUAAGGACGACGAGUGCUACGAGCAGUCUGCGGACGUUCGCUCUCAGCUUCGCUUCUUCGAGCAGCUGGAGAGAAUGGAGAAGCAGAGGAAGGACGAGGUGGAGAGAGAGAUCCUGCUGAAAGCCGCUAAAAGUCGCUCCAGGCAAGAGGACCCAGAGCAAGCUCGACUGAAACAGAAAGCUAAGGAGAUGCAGCAACAGGAACUGGCGACGAUAAGGCAGCGAGAUGCCAACCUUACAGCACUAGCCGCCAUCGGACCCCGCAAAAAACGUAAAAUGGAUUCACCAGGAGCCACCCCAUCAGGGGCCGAGCUACAAAGUGGAUGAAGAUGAACAAAUCUGAAAUCUCCGACUGGAGUCACGAGCCGAUACCCUUCUGUUUUGUGGACGGGCUUCUCGGUCGGCCUCUCUUCCCCCACGGAGGACCUUUAUAUUCCUAAUGACAC